GUGUCCCAUCUGGAUCCCAACAUUGUGGUCCAGAUUUUUUCUCCCUUGGUGACCUCCCAGCGUAUCAUGGCCACGCAGUUCAACAACCCCUACACAUCAGUCACUUGUCAGGAUGGAACAACAGUGGUUUUCCAAGAGUAUGCCGGUUAUUUAUUUGUUGGUGUUGGACAUCAAGAAGAAUGUCAUCUUCAGCGCAUUAUAAGCAUGACUAUACGAAUGGUUCAGUUAGUGGUUGGACCAUGUGUUACCAUACUGAAACGCAGUGCGACAAAAAGUGCACUGCUGGAUAGCCUGUUAGAGGCAUGGCAGCGCUUAUAUUCCAGUGAGCAGAGCUACUUAGUGGAGGCCGUGGAGAGGCUGGUGGUCAACUCCGAACUUUCUGCCGCAGCAGUCAAGGCUCUUGCCUCUGUGGUGGAUAAGAUGAAGGCAGCAAAAGAACUGACCCCAUGCCAUGCCAUGUUUUUUGUUAGGAGCAAGUUACUGGCCCUGUAUUCAAGUCGAAAUGCACAGGAACUAAGUGCAUCAGAUCUUCUCUUUCUUAAUCUUCUUGUGGAAGCAAGCCAAGUAAAGGAGCUUGGGCAAGUAGAGGAGGGUGAAACGGAUAAUGAGAUAAACACAGAAGCAGUAGAUCACAGGAAGGAUGAUGAUGGAAUAGAAGUGGAUAGCAGUGAUUCGGGAGAAUUUUACAGCAUCCCAAGCACACCUUCACAGGGAAGAUAUUUAGGGCUGACUGAAGAUGAGCAAGAAGGAAAGAUCAGAUGCUGUGUAUUACUCCUUCAUACUGAAGUUUGCCAUCUCACACCUCAUCUAGUCCAUUAUGAGACCCUGUCUGAUGGGCUUGCUCUGGUGAUUGUGUCGGAGAUCAACCGCACACAGCUGUCAGUGCAGCUCAUCACAUUACUAACAGGGCUAGAGGAAAUGCUUGCUGGCAAUGUGAACAGUCGUGGCAAAUUGAUCCUGGAUGCUUGUGAUACAGCAGUGAGAAAAUCCCAAGAGUUAGCCAAGAGACUUCCCAGGAGUAAGACAGCAGAACGAAUAGAAAAAGCUCUGCAGCAGGUUCACUACCGAUGGGAGAACGUGAAGAAGAGCGGAGUGGAAGACUGGCUUCGAACUGCAUCAGAUGCUGAAGUUCCAACUCGAGUAGAUGCUUCUCUAACCUCCCUGGUAGAGACUACGCGGGCAGCCUGGCGCACCGCAUGUUUGGCUGUCAGCUCAGCCACUGCAGCACAGCUGGUGGAGUCAGCAGUUGCUCUUGCAGCUGAACGCAUGGGAGACUACUGUCAUUUCUUGGAAGUUAAAGCACUGAGGAAUAUGACAUUAGGCUGCAGAUCAGCUCUAACCAUCAACAAGUAUUUAGAAGAGUUUCCAGGAUUAGUACAUUUCUUGUAUGUUGAUCGUUCCAGUCAUCAGCUGACAUCCCCAACACUGAUUACAGAUGAAGCAGGAGAGAUCAACAAGGAACUGGAAGUGUCAGAAAACGGUGCCAGAGCCUUGACAGUUGCACGGGUCUGGUCAAUGGUGGAGUUUGCCCGUUCACACCUUGCAAAAGGUCAUCUUUCACUCAUGUGGAAAGAUACAACUUUCAGUUAUGCCUAUUUCCUCUGGUUUGAGGACGGUAGUGGCAACCCGCUGAAACCAGGAGAACUUGAUGAGAGUGUCAGUGAGACACUCCCACUACCUGGCGUGUUGUGUGAAGACUUUUACCGCUCCCUUUGCACUCGUGCCUUCCCUGGAAUGGACCCAAACAGGCUGCGUGUGUAUGAACUAUUCUGUAUUCAUCUUGGCCUGGCCACUUCUCCAUGUGUUCUGGAACACACACGCCGAUUGGCAGCCACAAUAUGGGAGGUAACAGGGCCCAUGGAUGCCAACCCUGCUGAUCUUUUGUAAUACUUGUAACUGCUUACAUUGAAGAUGCUGUGAAAAGUAAAUUGAGGUAGUAUUUUUGAAAGAAGUCACAAAGUCAGUCAAUCUCUCUCUUCUGUUUGUCUGUCUUACAUGGUGGAAGGCAGUGGUUCCAAGCUGAUAUUUUCAAAAGAAGUCAGAAAGUCUCUCUCUCUCUCUUUCUCUCUCUCUCUCUCUCUCUCUCUCUCUCUCUCUCUCUCUCUCUCUCUCUCUCUCUCUCUCUCUCUCUCUCUCUCUCUCUCUCUCUCUCUCUCUCUCUCUCCAGGAGUCCGCUACAUGUAUUAGAACUUUCCACUUGACUUGUUCUAUCGUGUCGUGACGCCUAUAGCCGUACCUGGUAUGAUGAGUUGGUUUGUUAUGAUGGCUAUAGGCGUGGCCUGGCAGAUAUGGGAUAAUUGAAAGUCAUUUAACUAAGUAUGCAAGGGAGAUCACUUUCUUUCUAAAGAGACUGUAUAAGGCCACUAUCAUUUAAACAUUCCAGGAUGAAAAGGAGAUUAUGAGUUAAAUAAAUAGUAAUAUUAACUUUUUGGCUACCAGCUUUGAGUUCCUUUUUAGCAGCCUCAUUCAGUAAAUUAUUCAUUUAUGCUGGAGCUUUUUGAAAUUCUAUGGAGGCCCAGAGGCUUUUGUGGAUCACUGACUCGAAAUUUUAGGAACCACUGGUGUAAAGAAAUUACUGUUAGAAGGAAAAGGAGGAGUAGAAAUGACUUUACUUAUUGCUAACAAUUCUUAUCUUUGCUGUAGUUGAGGAUGAAGUAUGAAUGGUUUCAAUAAUUUUUAUGAAUCCUGGUUGAUAGUUUUCCAAUUUAGGUCAUGUAUAGUAAUAAUCUGUAUUGUGUAUUUUAGUGCUAUAAUUUCUGAAAAGUAACUACUUUUUUAAAAAUGAAAAUGUUAAAUUAUGCAGACGAAAGAUACUGACCUUUCAUAUAAAUUAUAACUGAAGUUUUCUAAAUUACUGAGGGUAAUAGCUCAGAAUGAUUUGACUUUGUUGUUUUGUAGUUAUCAUUAAUCAGUAUUAAAGCAAGCCUACUCUUCAUGAAGGUACUGACAUUCAUUGGUAUGGCUGUUUUGAAAGAAUUUUGUAAGCAUGCAACAGUAUAGAACAAAAUCAAUGCAGGCUAAAGGAACAAAAGGUAUUAAUAUAGAAUUAGCUUUAGCUUCCCUAAUUCUACAUCAUCAGGUCCUAGAUGAAAACCAAACUGACAUCCUGUUCUGUAUUUCAUCCUUUUCUGUUGAAAUAUAUUCACAAAUAUAUCUGUUGAAUAGUGAAUCUGUUCAGCACAAAUAGUUAUUCUUGUCUUUCUGUGACAGAAGAGGAAAUUUCUUUUUGAACAGGAAGGAAGCAAAGCAUGCCAUUACUAAGCUCACUUGAGUUCUAUUUAAAUCAAUGCUGAUUUAGAUUUUAUUUUUUAAAAAUAUUUAUUUGCCACAGAUGUAAACAUUCCAUGUGUCUUUCACUUUAACUCAGUAUUAUUAGUUUAAUAGAUUUUGAAGUUUUGAUGAAAUAGCAGAUGAUAAACACAGGUAAUCAGGUAGUGGAAAUGAUAGUAACCAUUUUUUUUUAAGUGAAAUACUUUUACAUGAUUUUUUUUACAAAUGGUUUGGAGAUGACUACAUAUAAUUGUUUUCUGCUGAUAUGAAGAUGAAAUGACCCUAUAGACACCACCACAGAAGAAUGCUGCUCUAUGUAUCAGCUACUAGAGUUGUUCUGAUGCAUUGUCUUAAAAAUUAAUUAUGUGUUGUUUGCUUUAUAUUCUGAAGCAGAAAGUAGUAUUGAGCAAUAAUCUUUUUUUUUUUGAGGUUCUAGAUUUUUCCAUCUACAGUAAUAAAGACUGUGAAGGGAGUUCCUCUUUCAAUUUCUAAGAGGGACCCAUGGUUGGUGUCAGUAUUUCUGACAAUUUCUCACAAGGAAAGUAUAAAGGAUGUUUCACAGUGCUUUGUAACUUGUGUGCCAAAAGCUUUAUUUAUUUUUUAUUUUUUUUGUAUGCUACACAUACAGUCGUGUACAGGGAACUUUUAUUAUACAAAUUUAUUGUACAGUGAGGUGUGUAUUGUAACAUUUGCUAGGAUUUUUAUAAUUUUUUUGUAUACCAUACUGCACACCAGAAGCAUUUUGGUAAUUAUUGCAUGCAUUUGAUUUUGAUGUUUAUAAUUUUGAUGGGGAUGGGACAAAUGCAUGGAUAAAUAGAUACUCGGUACAGACUGUAGUGGGCGGGCUAGUAGGAGAGAAUCAAAGGUUUCCAAUGAUGCAUACCAUUCCUUUCCCCUCUUCCCUCAGAUGUUACUUUAUUGGCAGUACACCGAUAUACAAGCUCUUUCCAGUUUAGUUGCCAUCGUUCAAACUAGUCAUUGAUUUAAGGUUAAUAGUUGAUUGCUGGAUUUGGGUAAUACUGUUGGCUAUCAACAUUUGUGGGGGACAUGAACCAAACUAUUUUAUAUGUUUAAAUCAUUUAUAUAAUUGUUCCCCAAAAGCCUUCUUAUUACAAAAAUUAUAUUGAUAUAUCAUAAUUCCAUAUGUGGAUAUGUACCGGAUUUGACGAUCCGUUUAGAACUGUGCAUAUGUAUUUGAUAUGUGAACAUAUCUGUUAUUAUGUUAAGGCCAUUUGUUAUGUUAUAGUUUUCUUGAAGGAUUUUUAUAUUUUAUUUUUAGCAAUAAUUUCAAUCUCUUAUACCUGCUUUUUUUCAUGCCUUUUGAUAUAUAACUAUGCCAAGAUCUUUAGCUAAUUAGAUCCAUUAAUGUUAAAGGCUGACAGUAUGGACUUAUAAAGAGUAUUUGAAAGAGUUGUCAUAAUAUAUUGUCAUACAUUAUACUGUAAAGCUAAGAGAAUUUAUUAAAAGAUUUGAAUGUA